UAAUAACAGAUUAUAAAUUAGUGAAAUUAGUGCUUCAUUCUUCAGAAAACUCGAGUUAAAUAGAGUUUAAAACUCACAAGUGUUAAUGAUUAAGUUUAUCAGAUAAUGCUUUUGUUUUGUCCUACUUGCUCGAACCUUUUAUUAGUAGAGUAUUCUUCUACUUGCCUUAGAUUGUCAUGUGCUACAUGUCCAUAUAUAUCUAAAAUUAAAAAGAAGAUUUCUGAAAGAAUCUAUCCGAAAUUAAAGGAAGUUGAUAAUAAUGUUAUGGGCGGCAGUGAAGCUUGGAAGAACGUAGAUUCAACUGAUGCUGUUUGUCCUGCUUGUAGCCAUGGUCGUGCAUAUUUCAUGCAAAUGCAAAUUAGAAGUGCAGAUGAGCCAAUGACAAAUUUCUUUAAAUGUUGUAACCUUGCUUGUGGACAUAAUUGGAGAGAUUAGAUUCACAUAAAUGAAUUUUAACUGUCGAAUACAGAGAAUAAUUAGAAGAAAAAUGUAUCAUCAAUCAUUAUCAAAAGUAGUUCCUACAAAAAACCCCGAAGCUGUUCAAUUAGCAUCAAACCUUUUAAAGUCAGGAGAAGUUAUUGCCGUUCCUACCGACACAAUUUAUGGAUUAACUUGCAGUGCAAAUGAUCCAGAAGCGAUAAAAAAACUUUAUAAAAUAAAAGGAAGAAAUGAGGAAAAGCCGGUAGCAAUUUGUGUGAGUGAUUUCAGUGACUUAAGACAUUGGGGUUGUGCUGAUCAUUUGUCAAAUCAGUUGAUUGCACAGCUGCUUCCUGGACCAGUCACAAUAGUUCUCGAUAAGAGUGAACAUCUAAACAAUCCUUUCAUUAAUCCUGGUGUGUCUAAAAUAGGCAUCAGAAUUCCUGAUUUCGCUUUCAUUCGAAAUGUUUGUCGAGCUUUCAAUCAACCAAUGGCACUAACAUCAGCAAACCUAAGCAGUGAAAGAAGUGCUUUGAACAUUUCCGAAUUCAGUCAUUUAUGGGGAAAGCUUGGAUGCGUUUUCGAUGGUGGAUGUUUGAGUGAAGCUGAAAGUCAUCGACUUGGUUCAACAGUCAUCGAUCUAUCAGAAACAAAUCGAUGUAAAGUCAUCAGGGAAGGAAUUAAUUUUAAAGCAACCAUUGAAUUACUUAAAAAAUUUGACAUAAUUACUGAAUAAGCUUGAGUUUUUUGUUCUUUAAAAAUUUAAUAAAGAUUAAUAUUUAUAAAAAAUUUCAUAAUCUUACUUUUCUUUAAUUACCUACUUCAUGAGAUAAAUUUCAUCCCUUAAUUUUAUUGAAUUUCAAAUCAAACGAAGGAACAUUGAAAAGUUUUGAUUUUAUGUGUUACAACAAAUGUAUACCUCGAAUAAUUGCAAUAAAAUUAAAAAAUUUUAAACUUUGCUAUGACAAUUUGAGCUUAGUUCCUCAGUGA